AUGCCUGACGUGCCUGAAUGUGGUGUGCUAGGAAAUUGUGAAUCGCCAGCGCCGUUCGCGUGGCCCUUCUCGCGCUUCUUGUUUAGCACAUUGCUGCCGCUACUACCGUCAUCUGAGCUCGCUGCGGAACUAGGCGCUUACUUGCGCCAUACAGCUAUCACCGAUGCUACCGAGGCGAUCAACCAAAUCGCUCGUUUCCUCAAUAUUAAGCCCGCCUUCUUCGGCACGGCUAGACCAAAAGACCGACGUGCUGUGACCUCGCAGAGGGUUAGCAUACGAAGAUUAUACCAUGAUCUUGAAGCAGAUGGUGCGGGAGAUCGGACUGGGAACGUACAAGAACCUUGCCACAGCUAA